UACUCGAAGCCAAGAUGGGUCACGGCGUCGGUGGAUACGGUAUUCUCAUGAGGCUGAAAGGAAUGGCUAACUACGAGUUGGUGCCAGUGGUAAUCAUUUGUGGUUCAGUCUGUGUGAUGGCGGGUGCCUUCUCAUCAUACUCCCUCUUCAAGAAGACUGAUGUGGUCAUCAACAGGAAGUCAAAUCCACAUCGUUGGGUUAAAGUACAGGAGACAGAAAAACAAAAGUUUCUGACUUACGGGCUGGAGUACAAGGCAAAGCCAGCUAUUGAACAACUACAGAGGGAAAUAGGGAGCCGAAAGUAAGUUUGCAAGCAGUGGUGAUGACACCAGUCUCCACAACUAAAAGCUACAUGCACAAGAAACAGAGACUAGACCGCAAAGGCACAUCCGUUAUCUAAGGAGAACUUAAAAGACUUGAAAAAAGUUCUACAAUGUAUUGCAUCUUCGCAUUAUGAAUAUAUUUUGUGACUCUGUGAUCAUUCUGAACAUAUUAACAUUAACUGUGAUAUCAUUAAAAAGGUUUAAUUACAUAUGAACAUUUUGAAGAUACUCCAC